AUGGAAGAAAAUGCAGGGGAUCAUGAUAUCAUCGCUCCUGGUAAUUUCCUCGUGACAGCCGAAGAAGAACUGGGAUCGCUCCUAGAUCCGAGCAACGACGCUUUCGGAAAUGUCGCGUUCGAAACCGAAGUCACCGUCCAGGACGAAGAGGAUGAGGAGCCAAUGGAGGACAACAGUCAGGAAGCGUCGUCGGAAGAACUUAGCCCUAAGCGCGAAAAAGAUGAAGACGAAGUCCCCUCUAGUUCUACAGCGCACAUGUCUUUGAAUGAAAUGCAGAGACAAGUUUUCUCUUUCGAAACGGAUCAUCUCGCACUGCGCGCCAAUGACGAAUACAAGAGUGUCCUAAAGCUGUUGGUCCUGCUCGAAGCUCAGCGGAUGACGGCCAUACAAGACCUGAACACUCUGGCGAGGGAAAAACGCGCUGCCUUGAGCAACCCUGCUGAGUUCGUGAGGAAACUCCAAGAAGGCACGCUGGACCUUCCCUUGCGUCAAUCGAUACCGGAGGUACCCGAAGUGGACCUCGCGAAGUAUUCGAUCUCGGCAAAGUUCGCGAGCGCUUGUCCUCAGCUCACGCGAGCGGCCGGGGUUGAACCCAGUACGUCGUCGACGCAAGAGCUGAAAAGCACUAAAAAGGCCAGACAUCUACCGAAGCAAGCGAGCAAACCCGAGACGUUCAAUAAGCCAUGGUCGAUCGAGGAGCAGCUAAAACUCGAGGAGCUCCUGGUGAAACAUCCUCCACAGGUGGUUGAGGCCGGUCGGUGGAAAAAAAUAGCCGAGGAGCUCGGGAACCGCACAGUGAAACAGGUUGCCAGUCGGGUCCAGAAGUAUUUCAUCAAACUGACGAAGGCUGGACUACAAGUUCCUGGCAGAGUGCCGCACAUCCCAAAAACCGGAAAAAAAGUGAGGAAAGUGCAAUCGACCCUAAAAACGCAUUCCUAUUACCUAUCGACAUUUUUCCCACAACACAACACGACCGUAAGCCUGGACGAUGAGCCGGUCGCUGAAUACACCGUCGUUAAGGAGGAACCCGAUAAAGUUGAGCAAUGCGCGACGUGUUCGAAGCUCAUCAGCGAUUCGGCAUUCAGAAUUCAUUGCAAAGACUGCGACGCUGUCUUCUGCACCGAAGAUUCCUGCCAACAGAGCUCGGAAUGUGCCAAGUCAGAACACGACUUGAAACUCGAGUCUCGCCUUCAAGUGGACGAAGAUUACAUCAUAGAUAACCACUACCUCGACCCGAAUUACUUUCCGUCGAAAACCUGA